AUGUCGCUUUCCUCCGCCUCGAGUACUCUGCUGCGCGCUUGCGCCCGCCAGCAGCUGCCCACCACCCGCGCUGCUGUCGCCUCCUGCCAACAACGGAGAGGACUGUCCGAGGCCUCCAAGUCCUCCUCCUUCGAUAGCCCUUUCGGCAGCUCCCACGAGUACCAGUCGACCCUGAAGAUCCCCAGUUUCAGCAAAUACGCUUCCAACAAGCCUCCCCGCUCGAACCAGGUUUUCUCCUACUUCAUGGCCGGAGCCCUCGGUCUCGGAUCUGCUGUUGGUGCCAAGGCUACUGUUCAGGACUUCCUCGUGAACAUGUCCGCCUCUGCCGACGUCCUGGCUCAGGCCAAGGUUGAGAUCGGUCUCGCUUCGAUCCCCGAGGGCAAGAACGUCAUCAUCAAGUGGCGUGGAAAGCCCGUUUUCAUCCGUCACCGUACCCAGGACGAAAUUCAGGAGGCUCAGCAGUAUGACUGGAAGACUCUCCGUGAUCCUCAGCCCGAUGAGGACCGUGUCCAGAAGCCCGAGUGGCUGGUCAUGCUUGGUGUCUGCACUCACCUUGGUUGUGUCCCCAUUGGUGAAUCCGGUGACUACGGCGGCUGGUUCUGCCCCUGCCACGGUUCCCACUAUGAUAUCUCCGGCCGUGUCCGGAAGGGUCCUGCCCCUUUGAACCUCGAGGUUCCCCAGUACAGCUUCCCCGACGAGGGCACCCUUGUCAUUGGUUAA